UGCCAUUACUAAUAGAGGCUUGUAAACAAUGGUUAAUCAUGUAAGUGCUGGCCAAUGGAGACACAUCUUUAGGAGUCAGGGAAAUUUCUUUGAUUAGCAAACAAGCUGGAAGAAGCACUGCACUGGAGGCUUCACGAAGAAGAAUCUGUGCUACAGGCAAGGGAUGACUGUAUUAUGAAGCUAGCUGGCAACCAUCUGCCAUCAUGUACGUGAGUUACCUUCUGGAAAAGGACGUUGGCAUGUACCCGGGACAUAUGCGUAGCCAUCAUGGGCUACAAAACUACCCCGCUGGCCCUCAGUAUACAGAUUACGGGGGUUAUCAUGGACUGAGUUUAGAAUCUGCUGCGCCUUCUUCAGGAUCCUCUCCAUGGAUCAGUCCCUAUGGAGCUCCAAGGGAAGACUGGAGUCAUUCAGCCUACUCUUCGGGGCACACUCCCAUCAAUCCUUCUCCAGGGGGGAGUUUGGGGUACAGUCCUGUUCCUGACUACCCACCUGGGCAGGUGCAAGGACCUCCUUGUGUUGGGCUGCUGCCCGGUGGACAUCAACCUCAGCUCUCUCCAGGGUCUUCAGAGGGGCACAGGAGACAUCAUUAUGAAUGGAUGAGAAAGCCAACACCUCAAGGGAGCUCUGCAACUAAAACCAGGACGAAAGAUAAAUAUCGCGUCGUAUACACCGACCACCAGCGGCUGGAGUUGGAGAAGGAGUUCCAUUACAGUCGAUAUAUCACGAUAAGGCGUAAAGCAGAGCUGGCUCUGAGCCUGGGCCUCUCCGAGCGGCAGGUGAAGAUCUGGUUCCAAAAUAGGAGAGCAAAGGAGAGGAAAAUUAACAAGAAGAGGAUUCAGCAGACUCAGCCUGGUCAACCUGGACCUGAGGGACUCAGCCCAGUGUCUUCUGUUAGUCAUAUGAUACCUUUACCUGGCAGCAGUGUGGGUUCCUUGCCAAAUACUGUCACACAAUGAUGUUACCACCAGUGAUUAUAUAGUAGGGAAUCAUAUUGACUGACAAUGGAGGCCAUUGGAUUCCUUGACAAGGUGGAGAUGGAAAAGUUGUGGAACAAUCCAUGUUUUUGGUGACUAAGUGACCAGAGAAGAUACUCUGGACAUUGUCUGCUGGAAUCCACCCCUGGAAGAUGCUUGGGCUAGCACUUUAUGCAACCCAUGGAGACAUCUUCAGACCUUGAAACAAUAAUAUAUUUGGAAAAAAAAAAACAUUUUUUUUCAAGAAAUUAUCCUCGAGACAGAGCUGGUCUGGGGCAAAAGCUUCAAACAAGAUCAUUUUAAUAUAUUUGUAAAUAGAAUUGAAAGGGAUAUUUGAUGUUGUAUUCCUCAGGGAUUUAAUUACUUUAAAAUAACUCAAUUUAAUGCAAUAAUGCAAAUGUUUACUGUAUUUGAUAGGGGAUGAGUAUUUUUGUAGGGUGUGUGUCUGAACCUGAAUGGAAGGAAUGUACUUUUCAAAAUCUGAUACAAUACCCUCCUUCUACAUUGUUUUCUUUAUUAGUAUUUGGGAAAUCCACAGUAAUUGGUCCUGCCUAUCAGCCUCAAUGUAGUUUUUUAAUUUAAAUUAUUUUUUAUGUAUUUCAAGAAAAGUACAGAAAUAAACCAUUUUCUGAUCAUGCAACGUAGACUGCUGGGAAACAGUACCAAGCACAAAGUGGUAUCUUAUGUUGCUGUCUUGGAGACUCUUACUGCAUGACCCCAAGGUGCAUGAAAACGAUAACCUUGAGACCCAAGGGGUUAAAUGGACAUUUUAUAAUUCCUCUUAUUAACAAUUACUACCUGGUAUCCAAAAAGUGGUUACUUAUUUACAAACUAUGUCUCAUCCGGGUCUAAUGAUCAUGUUUUUGCCUUCUGCAGUCCAAACAGUAACCAACAAAUGUAACUCUAUUACAGUCAGGAUCUGUAGCAUUAUCUUAAUAUCCAUUCGUCAUCCACAUUGCAGGGGAAAAAUAGUACAAUUAUAAAGUUAAAAAUAUCCAAACGAAUAUGUCAGCAUUCGAAAUAGGUGAUAUAAAUCUAUUACAAUACAAGAUUUUCCCUGAGAUUAUUCAGUUCCACAAAUAUUUUAGUACAAAAAUUAUUUUUCUUUACUAAGUGGAAUUAGCUGGGGGGAAAAAUCAUAGUUAAGAAGUGAGAAUUAAAGCAAUACAUCAAUGGUGGUAGCAGAUGUGGAUAUAAAAAGACUUUCUGUUUCUGCACUCCACUUGGGCAAAAUGCAAGUUUCAUAGCACCAAA